UGGCCUUUACUAGCCAAAGGUUAAACUACUGUUAUGGUUAUGAUAUAAUAUGGUGUUGUGUCACUAGACUUUGACCAGAUAUUAUUGCAUCCAAAGAUCAACUGAACCUAGAACAUAGAUACAGAGACACUUGUCAUCAGGAAGGUGAUCUCUCAACACAACGGAAAAUAUCUCAAUGACUUGACAUGUUCUGGUUGUGAAUUCAGGCUACAAGGGGUCAGUGCUUGUAAAUGAGUCUCUCUGGUGAAAAAGAGGAGGGGGGCCCUGCCUCUAAAAUGAGUCUCUGUGAGGAACAUGACUCCAAAGAUAAGAGACCAAUCCAGCAGGAGAGACCAGCCUCCCCUGUUCCCAGCUGUGUGUCCAUGAAGAGUGACCGGUCUAUGGAUCGUCCUCUAAACUUUAGUGAGGGAGACUUUUCUACUGAACAAAGUGGAUGGUCUACUCUGCCAGAGGAUCCGUCCAGGUGUGCAGUGUGUCAGCAGGUGCUGAGGGAUCCAGUCUCUAUCACCUGUGGACACAGGUUCUGCAGACAGUGCAUCACCAGAUACUGGGAGAAACCUGCUCCUUCAGGAGACUAUGACUGUCCUCGGUGUAGAAAGAGAUCCAGGACACGUCCUGUACUACAGCACCUGAGUGAACCCAAUGAUGCAAGAGGCUCUGAAAACAUGGAUGACAGCCUGCAGAGAGCUGUAGUAAACCAUAAAUACAGUCUGCAGAGAGCUGUAGUAAACCAUGAAGACAGUCUGCAGAGAGCUGUAGUAAACCAUGAAGACAGUCUGCAGAGAGCUGUAGUAAACCAUGAAGACAGUCUGCAGAGAGCUGUAGUAAACCAUGAAGACAGUCUGCAGAGAGCUGUAGUAAACCAUGAAGACAGUCUGCAGAGAGCUGUAGUAAACCAUAAAGACAGUCUGAUGAGGAGGUAUGAAUGUGUGAUAGAAGGCAUCGAAACAGCAGGGACUCAAACUCCCCUUAACAGGAUUUACACAGAGCUCUACAUCACAGAAGGAGAGAGUGAAGCGGUUAACAAUGAACAUGAGGUGUGGCAGCUAGAGACAGCAUCCAGGACACCAACCUCACAUGACACAGCAAUCCACUGCAAUGACAUCUUUAAACCCUUAGCUGGCCAAGAGAGACGCAUCAGAACUGUGCUGACGAAGGGCAUCGCUGGCAUCGGAAAAACAGUCUCUGUGCAGAAGUUCAUCCUAGACUGGGCUGAAGGGAAGGCUAAUCAAGAUGUGGAGAUCAUAUUUGUGCUUCCUUUCCGGGAGCUGAACUUGAUCAAAGAUCGCCAGUACAGUCUUCUCAGACUUUUAAAUGACUUCCACACAGAACUAGACAAAGGCAAUGCAGAGAAACUCACUGCCUGUAAAACUAUGUUCAUCUUGGAUGGUUUGGAUGAAAGCAGAUUUCCAUUGGAUUUCCAGCACAAUGAAAAGGUGUCUGAUGUCACCCAGACAUCAUCUCUUGAUGUUCUGCUGACAAAUCUCAUCAAGGGGAAUCUGCUUCCCUCUGCUCUCCUAUGGAUAACCUCCCGACCAGCAGCAACCAAUCAGAUCCCCCCUCAGUGUGUUGACCAGGUGACAGAGGUACGAGGGUUCAAUGACCCACAGAAGGAGGAGUACUUCAGGAAGAGAUUCAGUGAUGAGGACCUGGCCAGCAGAAUCAUCUCACACAUAAAGACAUCAAGGAGCCUCCACAUCAUGUGCCACAUUCCAGUCUUCUGUUGGAUUUCUGCAAUAGUCCUUGAACACAUGUUGAGUACAGACAAGAGGAGAGAGAUGCCCACGACUCUGACUGAGAUGUCCAUACACUUCCUGCUCAUUCAGACCAGCCUGAAGAACCAGAAGUAUCAUGGAAGAGAUGAGAUGGAUCAAGAGGAGCUCAUGGAGUCAGAUAAGGAAAUUCUUCUGAAGCUGGGGAAGCUGGCGUUUAAAAAUCUGGAGAAGGGUAAUCUGAUGUUCUAUGAAGAAGACCUGAAAGAGGCUGGCCUUGAUGUCAAAGAAGCUUCAGUGUACUCAGGAGUGUGCACACAAAUCUUUAAAGAAGAGUCUGUGUUAUUUCAGAGAGUGGUGUACUGCUUUGUUCAUCUGAGCAUUCAGGAGUUUCUCUCAGCUGUCUACAUGUACCAUUGUUACACAACCAGGAACAUGGAUGCACUGAAGCCCUUCCUCAAGAGAAAGUCUAGAAAGUCUAGAGGUGCGUCUGAAGAGCUAACUUUGGAUGAGCUGCUGAAGAGUGCCGUGGAUAAAGCCUUGGAGAGUAAGAAUGGACACCUGGACCUUUUUGUCCGCUUCCUUCAUGGCAUGUCACUGGCAGCCAAUCAGAAACUCCUACGAGGUCUGGUGACACAGACAGAAAGCAGUCCAGAGAGCGUCAAGAAAACAAUCCAAUCCCUUAAGGUGAUGCAGAGGAAGAACAUCUCCCCUGAGAGGUGCAUCAAUCUCUUCCACUGUCUGAUAGAGAUGAAAGACCAUUCAGUACAGAAAGUAAUCGAAGUAUACUUGAGGUCAGAGAACAGAUCCAAAAACCUCUCCCUUGCUCAGUGUUCAGCGCUGGCCUACAUGCUGCAGAUAUCAGAGGAGGUUCUGGAUGUGUUUGACCUGAAGGAAUACAAGACAUCAGAAGAGGGUCGUAGGAGACUGCUCCCAGCUGUGAGAAGCUGCAGGAAAGCUCUACUCACUGGCUGUAAACUCACAGACACAUCCAGUAAAGUGUUGGCCUCAGUUCUCAGUUCAAACCCCUCACACCUGAGAGAGCUGGACCUGAGUAUCAACGACCUGAAGGAUUCAGGAGUGAAGCUGCUCUCUGCUGGACUGGGGAAUCCCCACUGUAAACUGGAGACUCUGAGACUCAGUGGCUGUAAACUCAGAAACACAUCCUGUAAAGUGUUGGCCUCAGUUCUCAGUUCAAACCCCUCACACCUGAGAGAGCUGGACCUGAGUAACAACGACCUGAAGGAUUCAGGAGUGGAGCUGCUCUCUGCUGGACUGGGGAAUCCCCACUGUAAACUGGAGACUCUGAGGCUGUCAGGCUGUCUAGUCACAGAGGAAGGCUGUUCUUCUCUGGUCUCAGCUCUGAGGUCAAACCCCUCACACCUGAGAGAGCUGGAUCUGAGUAACAAUGACCUGAAGGAUUCAGGAGUGGAGCUGCUCUCUGCUGGACUGGGGAAUCCCCACUGUAAACUGGAGACUCUGAGGCUGUCAGGCUGUCUAGUCACAGAGGAAGGCUGUGCUUCUCUGGUCUCAGCUCUGAAGUCAAACCCCUCACACCUGAGAGAGCUGGAUCUGAGCUACAAUCACCCAGGAGACUCAGGAGUCAGACUGCUCUCUGCUGGACUGGAGGAUCCACACUGCAGACUGGAGAAACUCAAUGUGGAACAUGGUGGAGAGAACAGAAUGAAACCUGGACUUAGAAAAUAUGUCUGUGAUCUCACACUGGACCCAAACACAGUAAACAGACUCCUCUCUCUGUCUGAGGGGAACAGAAAGGUGACAUGGAGGACAGAGGAGCAGCCGUAUCCUGAUCACCCAGAGAAAUUUGAGGACUGUGGACAGGUGCUGUGUAGAGAGGGUCUGACUGGGCGCUGUUACUGGGAGGUGGAGUGGAGUGGGGGAGGGGCUGAAAUAGGAGUGACAUAUAAAGGAAUCAACAGGAGAGGAGGGGAUAAGAACUGUUGUCUUGGAUACAAUGACAAGUCCUGGAGUCUGUUCUGCUCUGACAACAGUUACUCUGCCUGGCACAAUAAUAAUCCCACUACCAUAGACGUCCCCUCCUCCAGCCCCCACAGAGUAGGAGUGUAUCUGGACUGGCCAGCCGGCACUCUGUCCUUCUAUAGAGCCUCCUCUGACACACUGACACACCUGAUCACAUUCACCUCCACAUUCACUGAGCCCCUCUAUCCAGGGUUUUGGGUUUGGGGUGACUCCUCAGUGUCAAUAAAUGUGUCCCUGUAAACACACACACACACACACACACACACUGAACAAACACACACACUGGGCAAAGACACACACUGGACAAACAAACACUGGACUCAUAUACACCUGCUGGACACACACUGGACAAACAAACACUGGACUCAUAUACACACACACACACUGGACAAACACACACACUCCUCAGUGUCCCUCUGUCAGUGAUACACACACUCACACACUGGAUUCACACACACACACACACACACUGGACAAACACACA